ACUCCGCGUCAUGUGCUAUCGCUAUAGACGUGUUUUGCAUAAAAUCAUACCUAAUAAGAUUUAUGUCUCGUCUAUUUAAGAAUUAUCUACGUAUAGUAUGGGUAUCUAUCUACACUUUCAGUAUCAAAUCUCUUACAGAAACCAAUACUGGCUACGAGACUGGAGAGCAGACUUAAAAAAUAGUCUUUAAAGGAAACACAAUGAAGAUUUUCUACUCAAAUGAAAUUCAAGAGCUACGGGCCACUGGCACUCGAGUCCACACAAAGAAACCGGUAUCAAGCUCGAAGAAACCCGUCAAAGACUUGAACUCUCUGCUCCGAGACAUAUAUGAAGUGAGAGACAAGCCGGUGAGGGACCAGGAUUUCCCAAAAUACUUCAGAGUGUUCCAGGCGGUGUCCUUACAGUUAAAUGAGCUAAUGAAGCAAGCGGAUCCGUACUAUGAGCGAUAUUCUUUGGUCCGUUUCGAAGGCAGAAAAGACCGUCUUCGCAUCAACAAGCCCGACGAUUUGGACAUGGAGAUCGUCAUCGGCCUGCCUGUCGACACGCAGGCUCCUGCGCAUAACGUCAUAGAGGAUGUAGCGCCGGGCUUUGUGAAGCUGAAUAUUGGAGACCAGCUGGAAAGUUUGCUGGAUAGGGGAGGAAAUUGGCGAGUCAUUGAAACUGCUCACAGAUGGUUAGACAAGGACAACUGCCUGCUUCGCUCCCUGUUCAUGGACUGGUACAAGGACGUAGUCGAGAAAGCGUUGAACCUCUUCGACAUGGUUGAAGAUCACCUCCCCUUCGCCAUGAAUGUCAUUAUGGUUGAGGGUCAGCUGUAUACUCUGAGACUGGAGAGUCCCACCUACACACUGAUCGUCGAGGACCCGCACUCCGGGUUCCGUCUGGACAUGGACCUGAUCCCGGCUCUCGAGUUCCUGGACAUUGAUAGUACAAGGAUGCCCAGCAAGCGACGCAAGAAAGGAAACUUCUUGGUGGUACCUAUACCUAUGGGAGGACCACACGAGGCGGCAGCCUGGAGACGUCCUUUGCAGCUGCAAGAAUGGGACCUUUUGUACAUGAAACAGGCCAUCCGCUUGAUAAAGAAGCUCCGAGACUCCCAAGGCCUGAGCAAAAUCGAGAGCUACCACAUCAAGACCAUCUUCUACCACGCGUCCAUCGAACAAGAACACGAUCCCGAGUUCUGGAGCAGAAACCUCGCAGAACUCUUCAAACACUUUGUCAAGAGACUCCAUCAAUAUCUGGAAAAUAAAAACAUUCCAUACUUUUGGGAUACAGACUAUAAUCUUAUAGGGAAUAUUGAGGAGUCAGUUCUAAAUGGUUACGCGAAAAAACUAAAGAGAUUUAUCAAAGUUUUAGACGAUCCGUCGGAGUAUAAAAUGGUUGCGAAGUAUUUGAUGUCAGAGAGUCAAUUUAAGGAAUAUAAGAAAAAGAUUUUGAAGACAUAAGUGGUUUUUAUCGAGCCAAGCUAUAGACAACAGAGAUAGAUGGUCAACCAAAUCAUAGCACUAAAAAUGGCGCGAAGUUUUUAAUCAAUUUUUAAGUGUUCUGUCCCGUCGAUGAUUCCGCCAAAGUCAUGGUUUAGGUUGGCCGGUGAGCCCUAGAGUUGUGCCUGCUCGUUCACUGAAAAGAUCGCUUCCAACUAGUACGAUC